AUGAUGUCUGUUCUGAGGGUUCUAGGUGUGAUCCUGAUCUGGACUCAGGCUGAGACACAAUCUCAACCUGAAUUCUCUCGAACCACAACACUGGGAGCCACAUUACAUGUAAACUGUCAAGUCUACAGUGGUUCAAGAACUGUGGUCUGGUACAAACAGGACUCCAGCAGGAGACUACAACUGAUGGUAUCAGCAAAUAGCCAUAAAGGUCAAAAUCUCUACAAAGAUUCCCGUUACUCUGUGCAGUCUUCUGAAGACAGAAGUACUUUGAGAGUGUCACGUGUGACCUGGGAGGAUGCCGGCACGUACUACUGUGGAGUCAUGAACGAGUACGAUGUCAACUUUGGACCAGGGACUGUGGUGGUGGUUGAAGGAAAGUCCAGACCUCCACCUUCAGUCCUGCAGACUGUUCUUCCUUCAGUCCAGUCUGUGGUCCAGAGUCCAGACUACAUCAGAGUGCAGCCAGGAGACUCUGUGACUCUCAGCUGUUGGUUUAACACAAGCCUCUGUACAAAAGACCACAUCAGUGUCCAGUGGAAGAAAAAGAGUUCUACAUCAGGAACAAUGUCAUGGAGCAAUGGAACCAAGAAUAUCAUCUGUGAGAACCAAGUCAACACUGGAGAAACUUCAUGUGUUCAUACCCAGACCUGGAGUGACCUGAGUUCUGCUGAAGGUGAGAUGUUUGUCUGUGUGGUGACGGCCUGUGGACACACACUGCAGGGCAGAGGGACCAAAAUCCAGCCUCACGACACAGACUCCUGUAUAGAAGGAUCAUCUGUCGUGUUUUGUCUGAGGCCAACAGUCUUAGCAGUGAUUGGGUUGAGCACUGGUCUUGCAGUUCCCCUGCUUGGGCUGGUAUGUGUGCUGUGCAGAAACCACCAAAAACAAGAGCCAGACACUGGCCGUGGAGUUCAUCAGGACAACCAGGCUGAAGAUGGAAUCAUCUAUGCACGGGUGAAUGUAAGCCCCAGCAGAGGCUCAAGAGAAACCUCCUGA